GAGAGGGCAAGCACAUCUAUCCCCUUAGUCCGGAGAAGAUAUGACCUAGCUGCCGCUCUGCUGAGUAGGGAAGAAAUCGCCUCUCGCAGGCAGCUCCAGCCGGCGGCUAUUGGGGGUACUAGUGCAGCAGCUGCGAGCAGUUCAGCUCCUCCUCCAGAUCGUGCACCGUUACCCACCGCGGAAUGGUGGGAGACUGAAGAUUUGACUAGCCUUUCGCUAGGGCAGCUUAAGGGAUUGAAGGAAAUGACCGAGAGCAUGAUUAAAAAGUGGGUGGCUCGAAGGGACAAGGUCCAAACGAUUGUCCGGAAUUUGGAACAGCAGGAGUGAAUUGAUCUACUGUUUUCCGUUGUUUGGUGGGGGGGGUUGUACUGUUUUCCGUGAAUUUGAUGCCAUGUUGGAAUGGCUUUGGAUAUUAGUCGGAUUUUAGUUUGUUGUUCUGGAAUAUUUGUUGGUUUCAUUUGGAUAUCAGCUUGUGGUUUCUUUUCAGUUAUGAAUACUGGUUUGUGAGGUUUGGAUAUUAAUUUUAUGCAUUUGGAUAUUUCUGU